GUGCUUCCGCCAUCUCUGAGGCCAGUCUUGCUGAGUCCCGGGGAAGGGUGCGGCGCCGCCAUUUCCCGUUCCAAGCUGGUGGCCUGCGCAUCUUAGAAGGGUUUCCUCCGCCUCUGGACGUCUUUUCUUAAAACCUGGAGGUGGCGUAUUGAAGAAGCCCACGGAAAAAGAAUCGAAAGCGUUCUAAGAUGGCGAACCGUACGGUGAAGGAUGCCCACAGCAUCCAUGGCACCAACCCUCAGUAUCUGGUGGAGAAGAUCAUUCGCACGCGGAUCUAUGAAUCAAAGUACUGGAAAGAAGAGUGCUUUGGACUUACGGCUGAGCUUGUAGUCGACAAAGCCAUGGAGUUAAGGUUUGUGGGUGGUGUCUACGGUGGAAACAUAAAGCCAACUCCUUUUCUGUGUUUAACCUUGAAGAUGCUUCAGAUUCAACCUGAGAAGGAUAUCAUUGUUGAGUUCAUAAAAAAUGAAGAUUUCAAGUACGUCCGGAUGUUGGGGGCACUUUACAUGAGGCUCACAGGAACUGCAAUUGAUUGCUACAAGUACCUGGAGCCUUUGUACAAUGAGUAUCGGAAAAUCAAGAGCCAGAACCGGAAUGGGGAGUUUGAACUGAUGCACGUAGAUGAGUUCAUUGAUGAACUUCUGCACAGUGAGAGAGUCUGUGAUAUCAUUUUGCCCCGGCUACAGAAACGCUAUGUGCUGGAGGAAGCUGAACAACUGGAGCCUCGAGUUAGUGCUCUAGAAAAGGACAUGGAUGAUGUGGAAUCCAGUGAAGAGGAGGAAGAAGGUGAGAAGCUGGAAAGAGUACCAUCACCUGACCAUCAACGAAGAAGCUACCGAGACCUGAACAAGUCACGACGUUCUCCUGCACUGCGCUCCAGGAGGAGUCGGAGUCGGUCUCCCAGGAGGCGAAGUAGAUCCCCCAAAAGAAGAAGCCCUUCUCCACGCCAAGAAAGGCAUAGGAGCAAGAGUCCACGACGCCAUCGAAGCAGGUCCCGAGACAGACGACACAGAUUCCGCUCUAAAUCCCCAGGGCACCACCAUAGUCACAGACAUAGGAGUCACUCCAAGUCUCCUGAAAGGUCUAAUAAGAAAAGCCACAAGAAGAGGAAAUGAGUAAUGGAUUCAUUUUGACUUUUGUCCUCCUGUGGAUGGCCUCCUGUGGAUAUGAGAAGAAUAUGUUUAGUGAAAGAAUCAAGAUCUCCUCUUCAGGCAGCUAUUCGUAUUUUGGGUUUUUAAAAAAUCAAGUCAUUUGGUUGGUUUUUGUUUUGUUUUUUGUGGUGGUAUUCUAAUUGUACUGAAAUGUGAUUUUGAUUGUAUGUUAAUAAAUAAAGUUGC